AUGGUCCGCGACUUUCCUCGGGAGCCAUACCCCCGGCAAUGGCAUCCGGAGCGGUUUCCGAUUGACCCCCCACCCCCCGACGAUGGUAGAUACCACGAAUCUCGUGAUACUCGCAGACCCCCGAUUGAUAUUGAGAAGGCGCUGCGAGAUCAUUGCAACAUCCCAGCCAAGAAGUUCUUUAUGGUAGCUGUGUUGGAUGACGGGUCCACAGAGGUUUUUGGUAAUACGGGAGAACGACACCAACCUAAUGGGUACAGCAAGUUUUUCAGCUUGAAGAACUUUGUUCGCUAUGUCAACCAUGCCAGCCACGUCAGUGGUGCUUUCGGCGGCUAUGGGCACCGCAUGCAAGAUCGUCGACGACUAGGUGGCGAUGUGUUCGACGAGGACAACAGCUACAAGACGCGUAAGAGACAUCGAGUAGGGAUGGGGGCCGGUUACCGAAGAGCCGCCAACGACGACGACGAUGUCGCGAUUGUGGUCACGUCCAAUGCGAAGAAAACCCUCAAGGUGGGCGACCAUAAAGAGGUGUGGAAUCUAUACGAACAACGAUUCAAGAACUGUCAGCAAACAGCCUGCAAGCUUAUCGCCAAAGCGUGGGUCAAGGUUGUCGAGCCCAAGAAGCAAACGAACCACCCGUACACUGGCCAGGACGAGAAAGCCCCAGACUGGUGGCCGAAACCAUGGGGCCCUACAAAAGAAGAGAAAGUCAGGCACAAAGAGCCUGAUCAUCUCUAUAAACGAGGUACGGUCAAAUGCUAG